UACUGUUUGUGGCGCCAAGAAGAGUCCCGAGUCUUCUAGGUUGGGGUAACUGCGGGAUUCCUCGGGCUCCUAGUGGACUUUGUGGACGCCAGCCCCGUUCCGGCUCUUGGGGGCGCCGCGGCCAACAUGUGGAAUAGUGGAUUUGAUGGAAACUAUGGGAGCUCUUCCUACACGAGUGGUGGCUACACACAGCCCCCAGGGGGAUUUGGCACUCCUACUGCUUCUCAAGCCGAAAAGAAGUCUAGAGCAAGAGCCCAGCACAUUGUCCCUUGCACCAUAUCACAACUCCUUUCUGCCACUCUGGUUGAUGAAGUAUUUAAGAUUGGGGAGAUUGAGAUUUCACAGGUCACUAUUGUGGGAAUAAUACGACAAGCAGAGAAGGCCCCAACUAACAUUGUCUACAAAAUAGAUGAUAUGACUGCUGCACCAAUGGAUGUCCGACAGUGGGUAGACACUGAUGACACAAGCAGUGAAAAUACUGUGGUACCACCAGAAACCUAUGUAAAAGUGGCUGGUCAUCUCAGGUCUUUCCAGAACAAAAAGAGCCUGGUGGCAUUCAAGAUUCUUCCUCUGGAGGACAUGAAUGAGUUUACCAUACAUAUCCUGGAAACCGUCAAUGCACAUAUGAUACUAAGCCAAUCUGUCAGCCAGCCCUUGGCAGGAAGACCAUCUCUCAACACUUCUGGAAUAGGAGAUACAGGAGGCUUUGGAGGAAACAGCUUUAGUGGGAACAAUUUUAUGCCAGCCAAUGGCCUCACUGUAACCCAGAACCAGGGAGUGAUAAGGCUUUGGUUUUGUAUUAUACCAGAUUAUCUAAUGAAGCUGGUUCAGAUCUAUGACAUGUACAAAUACUUAACUAUAUCCCUGGCAGAGUUUCUGUCCUACCUGCCAGCGGUGGUUGUGGCUUUGGUGACUCUAAUACAGGCAAUUAUGGCUAUGAGAAAGGUUUACUCUUUUGUUUUUGGUAAAGGAAGAUCAGACAAAGAUGAUGUUAUAUCCCUUAUGAAAGAUCAAUUAAAGAUGAUGAUAGAGACCAACAACAAAAUUAGACUAGGACAGGAAUUGGACAAGCAUACCAUUCUGCAACUGGAACUCAUUGAAGGCAUGUACUUCCCUAAAGAUAAAAUGACUCCCAAGAAAGUGAUGAUUACUAUUGGUACACAGACUGAGAUGGCAGAUGACAAAGAGACUGGGGUUGCUACUCAAACUGAGGAGGGGGCAAUGGCAUCGGCUACUGUGACUUUGUUACCCAUUAUAGAUCAGACUCAGUUUAGGGCUGAUGGUGAGGCAGUGAAUAUGAAGACCUAUAAGGCAUUCACAGCCCAGGAUUUGGAGGUGCUGAGGAGGAGGUUCCCCCAAAUUCUUCCUUUCACCUUACAAGGCAGCCAAGGAAUUGAAAAGGACAUUCAGCCUUUUUAA